AUGGUCCAAUCAACGGUGGGAAACCACUACAUGCAGAGUCAGCCAUGGGCGCUACAGCAAGUUGAGCAAGAAGACACCAAGCUGAGAGCUACAUCACCCACCACACCGAGCUCGAACAUCCAUACAUGCCCAUCUGGCCAGAACUGGAGCGAAAGCCUUGGAACCUCGUUCGACUGGUCGGAUGCUCUCCAGCAGGCGGAAACCUACAUCUUACCGAACUCGGAAUCGCAAUUCCGCCAGAAUCAUGGGUUGGUAUACAACUCUACACCCGCCGCACUGAACACAUUCGAAAAGAGCUGUGUAGGUGGACCGACAACAUGGCCAUCUUACGGACUGAACGGGUUACCUUGUGGGGUAGCUAUCGAUGGGUCUGUCCAGGAUGCGAGCAUGUCACCAUCGCCGAAGAGUUACGUUAGCGACGAAUUUGGGAACACAUACGGUCCAGGUUCAAUGCUUGAUCAAGCCUCACCGACCGGCAACUGGAAUGGGUACCCAGCGGCCACCCCCAACGCUGCUCUGUCAUCGCCUCCCUACACGUUGUUCCAUGCGCAAAAGAUGGACAGUGACGUUGGGCUCUCAAGACUCCCGAGGACGAACGCAAGCAUGGGUAUGACCACCAUACCAUCUAAUGGGUCUGGCAGACAGGACCCAGUACUGAUUGCUCCAUUCGACGAUGACCAACAGUCCGGAUCUGAGUACUCUCAUUCUCAGAACAGUAGCGCUAGACACUCUCCCUGGUACCAUGUGAACUAUUCGUAUGAUGUUUCGAACAUACCCUACAGGCCCCGCGACGUUGAGACCUGUAGCAAGCUUAGCAGUGAUACAAGCUUCCCAUCGACAUCCGGAGCUCAUUCUACGCAGUAUCUUUCAGCGCCUUGGAACGACUCGCGCCCAAGUGUCCAUCCCCAGAGUCAUGUACAGGACAGGUUUCGGAUGUCACGCAGUGCGGGUGCGCAAGCUCAGCGAGAGCACAACGACCAAGUGCUUAUCGAGGGCAAGAAGAGAGGAGAGACAUACAAGGAGAUUAAGCUGAGGAUGAUUGGUGAGAAGCCUGCGGAGUCCACCCUGAGAGGCCGCUACCGGUCCUUGACCAAGGCGAGGAAGGAUCGCGUCCGAAAGCCCAUCUGGACGAAGAUUGAUUUAGAGCUUCUAGAUGAGAGUGUCCAGCAAGAGUUUGAUCGAAUUGAGAGCAACCUGCAGAACCCGUACUCGAUAAGCUUCGACCAAAAGAUUUCGAAAGUCGCUUGGAAGAAGGUCGCAGAGUUCAUCGCCGAUAAUGGUGGCUCAUAUCAUUUCGGCAACGCGACCUGUAAGAGAAGGUGGCUGGAGCGCAAUCCAGCGCGUAAGUGA